UUAAUACGUAAAAGAAAAGACAACGUUGCUUUUGGUGUAAGAAAAACAAAUUUAUUGACGCUCUCUCCGCAGUUAACGCUUACGAAGUCGAAGUAGGAAGAAGAAAGACUCUCCUCUUUACAGAUUUUGUAAUCAAUCUCUUUCUCGAGUUUCUGCUCUAGAAAUUUUCUGGCAAUUUGAAGAUCUUGUGGGUCAUAACUAACUCAUAAGUAGGAGAGCUUUGCAAUCAUCAACGCUCUUUUUCACUGAAGAACAUAUGGCAGAAAUUUGGACCACUUUUGUAGAUGUUAAAGAGCGCAAAGAUGGAAAUGCAGAGCUGGUGAAUACCGUGGGUGAUAAUAAACAUGCUAGUCUCAUGGGACCAGCUGCUAUAUAUUACUCUGCUAUUAAAGAUGCUAUGGUUUGUGGAAAAGGAAGAUAUACGCUUGUAAAAGACGUGGACGAUGUUGAAAAUGGAGCGUAUGACAAACCUCUUCCAUGUUUUGGUUGCGGAAUUGGAUGGUUCUCCUUUCUCCUGGGGUUUGUAUUCCCAUUCUUGUGGUACUAUUCGACGUUUCUCUAUUUCGGGAACUACUACCGCAAGGAUCCUAGAGAAAGAGCCGGACUUGCUGCUUCUGCAAUCACUGCUAUGGGAUUCUCCCUCUUGCUACUGGUGAUUGUUGCGUUCAGGUGGUUUUAGUUUGAGAUAUAUAUAUUUGUAUAAUCUUUGGUCCCCUUCUUGUCAAAAGGAUUAUAGAGGAUGGACUUAGAUAUAUUUGUGUCUGUACAUUCAAUAUAAAUACUAUAUAACUCGUA